CUUAUUUGUAUUGAACCUCAGAAACAUCAACGAGCCGAAUUGGGUGGCUUUGCUUUUCUUUUUUCUUUUUGCGAGUUUGAAGAGGCCGUGAAAGAAAGAGGGGUCCUUAUUGAGCGAUCUAUGCUUGACUUCGGUGACGGUUCGACGGGAAAAUGAGAAUCGGGUGCCUGCAGUUUGCGCCCCAAGUCGGCGAUGUCGACAAUAACCUAAAUCGCGCUGAUGCAGUUCUUUCGAAAGCGAAUCCCGAAGAUUUAGAUAUUCUUGUUUUGCCCGAGAUGGCCUUUUCUGGAUACAAUUUCAAGUCGCUGCAGGACAUUUCGCCGUUUCUUGAGCCUUCGGGCUCAGGAAUUACCUCACUAUGGGCCCGCACGAUGGCCUUGAAGUACAACUGCACAGUUCUUGCAGGAUACCCGGAGAAGGUUGACGUCUCGCCCAACUGGCCUACAGGGCCUGAGUAUUAUAACUCGGCCAUUGUUGUUAACGGAGACGGCGAGACGAUUGCCAAUUACCGCAAAGCUUUUCUAUAUUACACGGAUGAAUCGUGGGCGUUAGAGGGGAGUCGGGGAUUCUACGAUGGGUAUAUUCCAGGGCUUGGGAAUACGGCGAUUGGUUUUGGUAUGGACAUGAACCCUUACAAAUUCGAAGCUCCAUGGCAUGCAUUCGAGUUCGCCUUCCAUAUCCUCGAGGUAGAGUCCAAUCUGGUCAUUGUCACAAUGUCGUGGAUGACCAGAGAGGAUCGCAGACACUUCAGUCGGAUGCCCAAUGAACCCGACAUGGAUACGCUCACAUAUUGGAUCACGCGACUAGAGCCCCUCAUUCGAUCGAACAAUGAAGACGAGAUUAUCGUCGUAUUCUGUAAUCGCACUGGCACAGAAGACGAAGUUACGUAUGCGGGCACCAGUGCCGUCAUUGGCAUACAAGAGGGAGAAGUUAACGUAUACGGCUUGCUGGGGCGAGGCGAAAAAGAUCUCUUGGUUAUAGACACCAAUAAUCGUCCAUACGCAAAACUACUUUACCGGCCAGAAGAUAUGGCUGGGACCCUGAGCAAACAUACCGUCAAGCUUGAGCAGCAGCAGGGUAUAUCUAACGCCGAUACCAGAGCUACGUUUGCUCCUGGGAAGCCAUAUACCCAACAAGAGAAAUCAGUGAAGAGUCCUCCUGACCCAGAUCGGAAUAAUCCUGUGCCAGCUCCCCCUUCUCUCAAAUCAACGCCUCUGGCUGUUCGGCCACGACUCGUUAUUCCACAAUCGCCACCUAUACUACCGAAUCAGCAAUAUUCCGAAGAAGAUGAUGUCGUAAGUGCCAUUUCGAUGAAGUCCGCAAAAUCGAUGCAGUCAGUCAAAUCGAACGAAUCAGAAGCUUCGGUUCAAACAAUUCGUUCGAACCCCCGACCGCCGGAAGACAGCACGCCUUAUCCAAAUAGCGGUCUGCCAUUGAGUGGCUAUCCGGCAAACGGCUUCCGAAACGAGUAUGAGAAGCGCAUCUAUGGUGGCCAAGUUGUUAUUACUCACGAUUCCGAUACCGUUUCUCCUACAACGCCUUUCGAAGGUGUAUCCCCAAUAUCACCCCUUCGAGCUUGGCGACCUCAUGAUGGCAUCUUUCAGACUCAAAUUGCCGGUCCUGGUGGAUGGACGCCGAGCACACCUAUUGGAAGAAAGCCAGAGCCAUUUCCAUGGUCAGAAAUAAAAAACACAACUCCCGAGUCGAAUCGAAACGCCAGCAAGGAUGAGGGUGUUAAUAACAACAACAUGAUAGGCAUCUCAGACACCGGGUCCAAAGACGCACAAUCUCCGAGAUCAAAUACAUCUUCUAGCAAAUCGAAGUCAUCAGAUAUAAAGACACCACAGAAGAAUAAUCAGAGCGAGAAGCAUCUUUCAAGACCAUCCUCGCCAAAAUCACGGAAUGCAAGCCGCUCUGGAGUUAGAGGUAGAACUGAUUCUUCGCUGAGCCAACGCGAUAUCUCAUUGGAUGUAUCGCAGCAUAUCGAACAAAUAUCGCAACGAGCGGAGUCUAGAAACAGAUAUAAUAAUAAUGGACGAUCUAACAAGCAGCAACAGCAGCAGCAGAAUGGGUCAAUUGUUGACCGCCUUUC